AGAGUGUUUUUCGCUGUAGAGAUAGAUGGGAAAACGGUAAAUGUGGUUAUCCAAUUACUAAUAGAACGAGCUGCUAAAGAAUCGAUCAAAAAUUUCCAUAAAUUAUUGACUUCAAAUAACGGUAGCUCAUAUCGUUCAACAAAACUUUCCAGAAUAGUUUCACCAGAAUUUAUAAUCCAAGGUGGUGCAAUUGAUGGUUUCAAUGGGGACUUAUUAGUGAAGAAUGAAGUCACUCCAGAAACGACAUUAUUGGAUCAAAGAGGUUUAGUAGCUAUUGCAACUGAAGUUGAGAAUCAUGAACCGUCAAGUGAAUUUUUCAUUACUUUAGAAGACCUAUCAGAGUUUAAAGCAUUAAAAGGUAGGUUCCUUGUUAUUGGUAAGAUAGUUAAUGGAUUAGAUCAAUUGAUUGAGCUUACAAAAGAUGUUGCAGUUGAUGAAAAUGAUAGACCGAUACAUGACAUAUACAUUACAAGAACUGGUGAACUAGUGAAAAAGAAGAAAACAUCUGCUCAAAAUGAUACAUCAAAA